CACCCACCCUGGCUUGUAACCUCCCCUUUCUUUCUUAUCCUGGGUGAACAAUGCUCAGCUAAAGUGACUGCCCCACUGUCACUGCCUCUCAGUUUGGUACUCUGUAACUCUGUGACCACCAAGAAGUCUUUUUUCACCCCCUCCCAAGCUCUUUUUGGAAAAUUCCCUAGGGAGGAGCUGCAUUUUAAGCCUAUUUAUUUCAUAGGAAGAAACAGAAAGGCAGCAUGUCAGCUGAAACACCAGUCACUCUGAAUAUUGAUCCCCAGGAUCUGCAGGUCCAAACAUUCACCGUAGAGAAGCUGCUGGAGCCUCUUAUAAUCCAGGUUACCACACUUGUAAACUGUCCCCAGAACCCUUCCAACAGGAAAAAAGGACGUUCGAAAAGAGCCAGUGUUCUUCUAGCUUCUGUGGAGGAAGCAACUUGGAAUUUAUUAGACAAGGGAGAGAAGAUUGCCCAGGAAGCGACAGUUCUAAAGGAUGAGCUUACUGCUUCACUUGAGGAAGUUCGCAAAGAAAGUGAAGCUCUGAAAGUAUCAGCUGAGAGAUUCACAGAUGACCCCUGUUUUCUCCCAAAAAGGGAGGCUGUGGUUCAAGCCGCCCGUGCCUUGCUGGCUGCAGUGACAAGACUCCUUAUUCUUGCGGACAUGAUUGAUGUCAUGUGCCUCUUGCAGCACGUGUCAGCUUUUCAAAGGACAUUUGAGUCUCUCAAAAAUGUUGCCAACAAAUCUGACCUCCAGAAAACCUACCAGAAGCUUGGGAAGGAGUUGGAAAAUUUGGAUUAUUUAGCCUUCAAACGUCAGCAGGACUUAAAAUCUCCAAACCAGAGGGAUGAAAUUGCAGGAGCUCGAGCCUCAUUGAAGGAGAACUCUCCCCUCUUGCAUUCAAUUUGUUCAGCUUGUUUGGAGCAUUCUGAUGUUGCUUCCCUCAAAGCAAGCAAGGACACAGUUUGUGAAGAAAUUCAGAAUGCUCUCAAUGUAAUUUCAAAUGCUUCACAAGGCAUCCAGAAUAUGACAGCCCUACCAGAACCUCAGGCAGCAACCCUGGGAAGUGCCCUUGAUGAGCUGGAGAGUUUAAUUGUCCUGAAUCCACUCACAGUGACUGAGGAGGAAAUAAGACCAUCACUAGAGAAACGGCUUGAAACCAUUAUCAGUGGGGCUGCUCUGCUGGCAGACUCUUCAUGCACGAGGGACUUCCACCGGGAGCGGAUUAUCGCUGAAUGCAAUGCCAUUCGCCAGGCUCUUCAGGAUCUGCUUUCGGAGUACAUGAACAAUACUGGAAAAAAAGAAAGGAGUAAUACCCUGAAUGCUGCUUUAGACAACAUGUGUAAGAAGACAAGGGACCUUCGCAGACAGCUCCGCAAGGCUAUUAUAGAUCAUGUGUCAGACUCUUUCUUGGAUACGACAGUCCCACUUUUGGUUCUCAUUGAAGCUGCUAAGAAUGGCCGGGAAAAGGAAAUAAAAGAAUAUGCUGCGAUAUUUCAUGAACACACCAGCAGGCUUGUAGAGGUGGCAAAUCUUGCUUGUUCCAUGUCGACAAAUGAAGAUGGAAUUAAAAUUGUCAAAAUUGCAGCCAGUCAUUUGGAAACCUUAUGUCCACAGAUUAUUAAUGCUGCACUUGCUUUGGCUGCAAGACCUAAAAGUCAAGUGGUCAAAAACACCAUGGAAAUGUACAAACGUACAUGGGAGAAUCAUAUACAUGUCCUCACUGAAGCUGUAGAUGACAUUACAAGCAUCGAUGACUUCCUUGCUGUGUCUGAAAGCCAUAUCCUGGAAGAUGUCAACAAGUGUAUCAUAGCCUUAAGAGACCAGGAUGCUGAUAAUUUAGACCGUGCUGCGGGUGCUAUCAGAGGCCGGGCAGCAAGAGUUGCUCACAUCGUCACGGGUGAAAUGGACAGUUACGAGCCCGGGGCUUACACUGAAGGUGUAAUGAGAAAUGUGAACUUCCUUACAAGUACUGUAAUUCCUGAAUUUGUUACGCAAGUGAAUGUUGCCUUGGAAGCCUUAAGCAAGAACUCGUUGAAUGUGUUGGAUGAUAAUCAAUUUGUGGACAUCUCAAAGAAAAUCUAUGAUACGAUUCAUGAUAUCAGAUGUUCAGUCAUGAUGAUUCGGACCCCAGAGGAACUGGAGGAUGUUUCUGACCUUGAAGAGGAUCAUGAGGUUCGCAGUCACACCAGUAUUCAGACAGAAGGGAAAACUGACAGGGCUAAAAUGACUCAACUGCCUGAGGCAGAAAAGGAAAAGAUUGCUGAGCAAGUUGCUGAUUUCAAGAAAGUAAAGAGUAAGCUGGACGCUGAGAUUGAGAUAUGGGAUGAUACAAGCAACGACAUCAUUGUUCUGGCCAAGAACAUGUGUAUGAUCAUGAUGGAGAUGACAGACUUCACCAGGGGCAAAGGACCACUAAAGCAUACAACUGAUGUGAUCUAUGCAGCAAAAAUGAUAUCAGAAUCAGGAUCAAGGAUGGAUGUCCUUGCUCGGCAGAUUGCUAAUCAGUGCCCAGAUCCAUCUUGCAAACAGGACCUGUUGGCCUACCUGGAACAGAUUAAGUUCUACUCCCACCAGCUGAAAAUCUGCAGUCAAGUUAAAGCUGAGAUCCAGAACCUGGGAGGAGAGCUCAUCAUGUCAGCUUUGGACAGUGUCACCUCCCUGAUCCAAGCAGCUAAAAAUUUAAUGAAUGCUGUGGUGCAAACAGUGAAAAUGUCUUACAUUGCCUCAACGAAGAUCAUCCGAAUCCAGAGUCCUGCCGGGCCCCGGCACCCAGUUGUGAUGUGGAGAAUGAAGGCUCCUGCAAAAAAACCCUUGAUUAAAAGAGAGAAGCCAGAGGAAACAUGUGCAGCUGUCAGACGAGGCUCAGCAAAGAAAAAAAUCCAUCCAGUGCAAGUCAUGAGUGAAUUUAGAGGAAGACAAGUCUACUGAAACCACUAUUCUACAUAUAGUGCCUAUAUGACAAAAUCCUGGCUAACCACACUGCUUUAUUUUACACUUGAUAAGUUCUGUAAUUUCACUAAAUUUUGGUGUUUAACUCACAAAUAACAUAAAAUGUUGGGAGCUAAAUCAACAUAAGCAAUAUAUAUUUGGGAUCAUGUCAUUGUCAUUUCUGUAUGGUCACCACCUAAUAAUGAAUAUUUGUUUGUUGAAUGAAUGAAAUUAUCACAUAUCAUUCAGCCUUUCCCAUCAUAGAGAUUAUCUACUAUUCAUUACCAAAUAAACACAGGAGAUGCAAGAGAGUCCUGUUUAUCUGUAAUACUUCAAGUACAUUUACCAUUCACAUUUUGAAUUAAAACACUAACAUGAGCUCCUGACUUGGUUUUUUAAUAGAAGCAAAAGACUUUUAUGAAAUAUUUUCCCAUUUAAUCAUCUCCAUACUUUCUUUACCUGAUCUAACCUGGCACCUAACCUGGCAGAAAUGUAUGAUUCCUUCAUAAAUUUCUUCCAUGAAUCAUACAGAAUCUGUUUUUUUGUUUUUUGUUUGUUUUUUUUGCUAAAAAAACCUUUUAAUCUCCAGAUAUCUGUACUCAUUGUCAACUCAUUAAGCUAACAUCCAUUAUAAAGUAAUCAAAUUAGAAUAGUCAGGCUACUUGCUGGAUUUUGACGGUCAACCUUGGUUAUUAAUGAAAUGCUUUAUUAACAUUAUGAAGGUUACAAUGAGUUCUGACGCCACAUAGGCACCUUUAGGGUUUCCACUGUGUUAGAGAGUUCUGCACUUUUGAGUGUUAGAUCUAUCAGAAUAUGCAUGUGCAAGAAGAGUUAUCACCCACUGGGGAAAUGAGACACCAAACUGUAUCCCAGUGCGAGUAAUACUGAUAACAAUAGAAGUGCAAGUUCUAUAAGACUCUAUUUUUACAAAUGUAAAAAUACAUUUUUAUCAGCUUGCAAUUGUAAUUAAAAGGAAAAUCCAAGUUUGAAAGCCUUUUGGCACUGAGUAAAAUAUAACCUCAUGAAUUGUACCAUUGAACUAUGAAGCAAAGUUAAUGGCAAUGAAGCUGGAGUAAUUUUAAUAACACUCUUAAAUAAAAGUCACUGGGGUCAUUCUAUAACUCAGUCACUGUGUUCACUCCUAGUUGAGUUCAUAAUGGACUUCAUAAUAGUUUUAGAGUAGAGUGUACCUCUCUCAUUCUCUCUCUCUACCCCCCCAGAUCCCACCCCUCUUUCUUUCACAAAGUGCCCUUAAUAGAAACUCCGUGGAGGCAAGUUUUGUUUUCAUGUUUUCUCAUUCUUAAAGUUCUGAUUCACAGAUUUUUAAAAAAAUGUUUCUAUUCUACAUUAUCAUAAUAUUAUAUUGUAACUUUUUGCUUGUAAAACAUUCCCAUUGCAAUGAGAGUUGUCUCAACAACAAUGUAGCCUUAGAUAGAUGAGAAAAAAAUUUACACAUACAAUACCAGUUGCUAUUAGGAGGACCAGUUUGGGUAAAAGGAUGCAUGAAACAUAUGAAAGCAUAAAUAUUCAGAGUAGGACAUGUGCAGAAUCUUAAGCAUAAUUGUACGGGAAAAGAAGGAUCUAUUUAAUAGGUUAUUAUUACACAGGGAAUGUUACAUUUCUUGUAAUGAAUUAUUUCAGUUUUCCAAGUAGCUGGAUUGCCUGAGCUCAGUGUAAAACUUCCCGGGAGGUGAAGGCAAUAAACUCCUCCCUGUUUUACACUAUAGACUGUCCUACAAUUACUAUUUCGAACAGAAUCCACUCUCCAAAAGAAAAGGCAGUGAAGAAGGGAAUUAGGGAAUUCAGAUGAUUCUGUUUUUCAGAACUAUCUAGAUUAUUGAGGCAAAUAGAGACUUUUAUUGAAAUAUUCCUAUCAUUUUCUGAUUUAAGUGUAGAUGUUACAAGAAUGACAGCUAUGGUACAUCAUUCUUCCAGAUAGAAGUAUAAAUUUAUAAUUUAGUGGAUAAAUGAAUUUUAUUUUAAUCACCGAACUACCAGCUGUAUGGAAUUUUUUUUUUAAUCACCAAACUACCAACUGUGUAUCUUAGCUCCCAGAGCCACAUGCCCAAGAAUUAUAAGCAUCUCAUUUAGAAAAUCUAAUGUUCACUUGACCAGACAUCAUCAUUCCACAUGUUGGAGUUUAGAACAUGCAGUACUGGACACCAAAAGAACAGAAAUAACUUGAAAUUAUACAGUAACUGGGCCAGGCACAGUUUCUCAUGCCUGUAAAUCCCAGCAGUUUGGCAGGCUGAGUUGGGCAGAGCAUGAGGUCAGGAGUUUGAGCCCUAACAAUUACCAAAUAGCCACCAUCUCUUUGAUAAAAAUGAUUUUGUAGCUAAAGUGAGAUAUGAACAAGUUCUCCUCUUUAACAAAGGCAGAUUUUUAGCUUAGUUCAAAGCAAACUAUAAUUAAACAAAAUAAUAAAAAUUUUAACUCAAUGAAUGUUCCAGGAGUUAAUCUGCUGUAGUAAUCAAUGGUGCCAUGAAAACAAAAUGCAUAGAGCUGAAAAAGGCAUCUGUGUACCUAAGUGAAUUCCUGCAGUACGCAGCAUUUCAAAAUUUAGUUUGAUUCAAACCUACUGAUAAAAAUAAAUGUUUAAAUGCAAGACAAACUAGCAGCAAGAUAUUAAUAAAUCUAUUAUGUGGUUAAUCAAUAAGCAUGACACAUUUGUAUUUAGAUAUUUCUUCUGAAGAGGAAUGCCAGAAAUUUCUUAAUGAGAGUGAUAAUUUAGUGAUCCAUCUAUGUACCUUUUGAUAUCACAUCAGAGACUGGUGCUUCCUCUGAUAAUACAUUUGCUUGAUCCUGCUAAUAAGAACUUACCUUUCUUUUUUAAUCAAAUCCAUUUAUGUUGGGGAAAACAUUCCUUGAGAGGGAGGAGCAGGUGGAUAUGAUCCAUAAGUGCAUUUCCAUCCCUGGUUCUCCAACAGCACCCCGCCAAAUGUUAGACUGAAAUUAGAAUGAAAAUUUUAAAAAUAUUUAUGAAAUAAUAAUCCACUAAAGGGUCUUCUCCUAAUUAAAGAAAUCCGAAGAUUUUUAUCAAAUAUAAAAAAGUGAGAAAUAGAAAUCAUUCCCUUUCAUUUAUCACAAAAUUAUUGGAGUACAAUGUUUCUUUCAAGUGAGUUUCUGGAUAGUUCUUGGGUGAGUCAAGAAAAAACUCAAACACUAAAUUUCUAAGCUAAUUUGUUCAUUGUUUAUGUUUAUUAUAUGAGUGCAAACUACAAAUGUAUUAAAAAAAACAAUAUAGUUUUCAAAUUCACAAGUGUGCCUUCUGGCCUUUGAAAUCUCUUAACAUAAGAUCAAUAUAACAUAUUUGUUCCCCAUAAGAACCUCUUACAUACAGGGAAUAAGGGCCUCCAAGCUACACAGAGACAACCAUUCUUGCAGUCUGGCACUCUUGACACCUUUACCUGCAAAGACCAUCAGUUUUCAAUUUCAAGCUGAAAUUGUGAAUUUACAAUUAAGUGCUCAGUUUGGACCUUCAAACCAAAUAAUUAAUGCUCCUCAAAUUAAAUAAUGAGUGGCUAAAACACCUAACGUGUAACAACAGGGUAAGUGACUUCAAGGGCUUCCUAAGCCUUCACUUUGAGGGUGGUCUUCUCAUUUCACCCACCACUGGGCAAGGUAUCCUCUGGUAACUGCUAACAAUUUCCCACUAAAAUAGUUCAAUUGGGACUGCCCAUCACAGCAAAUUACUCCAGUUAAUGCCCUUUCCUCUUCGUCGGUGCACCAAAAAUAUCUCUCUCCCAUCUCUCAUCUCUAUCCCAGUUAUUAUUGACUAAUAUAUUUUUUAGUGUUUUAGUCAAAAUUAUGCAUUUUAAUUUCCAGCAGCAUUAUUCCUUUAGUCUUUCUAUUUUCCAAAAACAUUCUUAAUUUUUUUUGAUGUCAAAUGUACAUUUCUGUCCUAGAGAUUGGGAUUCUCAUGGCUACAGAUUUCUGUAUAGUGGCAGAACGAGUGGAAUAGGAUCUGAGACUUUUCCUAGUGAUAUCAACCAUUCUCUUAUGAACUCACUGCAGAAAGGACAGCCUCUUUUAGUUUCAUUGUAAGUAAUUCUCUAGGUUGGCGAAGUAGGCACCAGAAUCUCAAUUUGAAUGAAGUCUGUGCUUUCUUUUGUUGGCCUAUUUUUUGCAAAGACAACUUGCCUAUUAUAUAUUUAGGAAUCAAAUAUUCAUCUUUUCUGUAUGUAAAGUCAGAAAUAUUUUAGUUAAAAAUAACACAAUUGUUAUAUUAUUUUAAUAAUUUUUAAGUAAAGUAGGAAAAUUUCUGUCACCUGAGAUGUUACUGUUUUUAUUAUAUGUCACAUACCAGGAAAGAACACUUAUUUAGAUGAAAAUUUCAGUUCUUUCUUUAUAACUCUUCCCACACCAUUAUGAUAUGUUUACUGUUAGUAUAUUCCAUUUUACCACCAAACAAAUAAGCCAGGACUAAUACCAAUAGCAGCUUGAGAGUUUAUAUUUGGGCAUUUUGGUUCUAAUUAGGAAAGAAAACGUGGAUGCUAUUAAAACUAGUUGCAACUAAAAAUGUUUUGAAAUGAGGCUACUAACACUAUCUUAGACAUCUCAAAGAGAAAGAAAGACUAAUUAAAAAUACUUUUUUGCCAUUUUUAACUGAUUCACAUGACAAAGAACAUAUCUUCUAUUAAAGCAAAAUAAAGAAUAGUUUAAAACACUAAUCAACUUGCAUGUGAAUAUUUUCCCCCUAACAGACAAGACAGAAUCCAUUUCUGGACACUCUAAAAGAAAAUAAUGUUAAUGGAGAGAACUCUUUCCAAAUGGAACUCAAUCUGACCAGAAUCCCAUCUGCAGGCAAUAGAUUGGCUGUGGGGCUGACCUUAAGUUUUAUCCUGAGAUGAGAUGCUUCGUGACUGCUGGCUGCAUUAUGGCAUCUAGCAGUCCCCACUGGUUUGUGGGAACGAAACAUAUGGAUUGGUACUCAAUAUGAGUUUGGUAAGUUGGACAAAAGUGGAGACAAUACCGAGUAGUCUAAAGGGACAACAAAUAAGAACGUGCCAGAGGUAGGGAAGGGUAAGAGAGGGGUAGAUGCAGAAGCAGUUAGUUUUCAUAGACAGAAGAGGGAAGAGUUUUUUGGUUCUAUGAAGAUUAGGCAGCCCUCCUGAGGAAAAUAUUAAGGAUAGAAUGAGACGCUUGUCUUGAUGGUUUGGUGGUUUAGUGAAGUCAUGUUGAAGGCAAAAGAAUGAACUACACAAACUUUGAGCAUGAUUUAGUGAUACUGUUUGUAUGUUGAGAAACAGAAAUUCAGCCACUCCCCUGAUUAAUGAUAGGUGAAAUUCUUCCCAACAUCAGAGCUAAUCUAGGUAAUCAGACAUUCAUAUAUUUAAUGACUAUUUGUUAAAUAACUAUGAUGGUCCAGGCGCUGUUCUAGGUUCUUAGGAUAUGCUGGAUAACAAAACAAAUAAUAACCCUUGCCCUCACGUGCCAGCUCGGUACUAAAUGCUAUCAUCUUAUUCAAUCCUCCAAAUAACCCUAUAGGAUAGACAUUCAUUCCAUAGAUAGAGAAACUGAGGCUUAAGCAGGAUGAGAAUCUUGCUCAGAGUCUCACUGGCUUUAAAAUAAAGUUUAUUGCACCCUGUGUUCUGAACUUUUAGCCACCACAAUAUCCAAAUUUCCUGCAAAUUUUAAUUGAAUUUGUCGGUUAAUAAUGAGAUACAUAUUUCAAAUGCUGGCUGGCCUUCUGUGUAAAAGCAAAAAAAAUAAACUUUAAAAAUAUAUCAAUAUAUAUCUUACAUCAUUCAAGACAGAUACAUGAUUAGCUGAAUAUUCUCACCGCUAAUAAUUGAGUGUAGAGUGUCAGGUAUGUGGGAAGUAAAUUAUUUAUGUGAUCUGAAAUAAGAGGGCAACCCUUGCCAAAUUACUUUUACUACAUCAGAGAAGAAAGUUUCAAUGGAAGUGUCUGUUUCAGCCCAUCUUCAGUGUUGGUUGGUUACUACCAUUUGUUGACACCAUUUCUUUCCUCUUUUACUGUUAACUAACGUGUGACUGUGUUUAAAAUUGUAGAUUGCAGGAGAGUGUUGGCCAAGGAUUACUGUAGUAGGAUAAAGUUUCCCUGUAUUUGAAACUGUAGCAAAUACAUCUUUCCUUCUUUAUGGUCAUAUAUGUGUAUAGUAUGUGCCUGAAUACAGGUAAACAUCAUCUUUUAACAUCACAUGGCCUUUUUAAGAGUCAACUGAAGGCUAGACUCUUCUUGCCCCAUGUUGCUGGAUAGUCUUUCAAAUCUCAAGCCUUGGAGAGUUAGAUGACUCUCUGAUAUUUCUUAUGGUGGAGCCACAUAAGAAAUACAUGCAUUCCUACUUUGAGCAAUGGAAUGUGUAUAUUUGGGAUCUUCACUUUUAUGUAUCUGGUAGUCAAGAUGGUGUUUAUUCCCAACUGUAGGAAAGGAAAGCCCUCAAGAAUAAAAUUCUCUUUCAAAAAGGCUCAGAUUUCUAACAAUUAUGUCUAAAAAUUUCUUCAAUAUAGAACUUGUACAAAAGCCAUUUAAUAUUAGCAGAGUAGUCCCUGUGUUUUCAUUUCAAAUGAGAUAUUUUCCAGUUCCAAAGUUUAUUUCCUUGGCAUUUUCAAGAACAAUGGUUAUUUUUAGUUCUGGUUAUUUGGUCUUGGAGGUCCUGCGACACUUCUUUAAACAUUUAAAGCCCCCUUUGAAUAGUUGUAUCAAUAGUUCAAAAGCCUGCAGAUCUCUUGUUUUUCUAUUCUGACAGCCAAACUUAUGCAGUCUCAGGCCAGCUUUAGGUAUGCCACAUCAAUUUCCCAUCUGUGUAAAUUACCUGAACCUCUUUGUGGUGUUCACUGAAAGUGGAGCUUCUACUGAGGGAUUUCUUUGACCUGGGCUUUUAACACCAGAUUUGUACGCGAUUAUUUAUCAAUAAAGCAAAGGAGUAAGUCAGAGAUGUUAGUCCCUGCUCUCAAACAGAACUUUCCUCCUUCCUGAAUAUUUAAACAUAAAAUUUUAAACUACUAUAAAAAUCGUGUUCCGUUGCUUGCCAAAUCUUAUGCCAUUAUAAUGCUCUAUUCUUAUAUGUUAGCAUAUAUUGUGUCCAUGGGGAUAUAAAUAUGAGAACUUAAGCAACUGUCUUGCAGGGUUAAGCUGUGCUAUUUGUUGAUUUUGCAAAUUUUUCUCAUGUGGUACAGUCUCUCCAAAGAAAAUUUCCUUAGAUCUAAAUGACAGCAUAAUGGUUUCUCCUCCAUAUCCGUGACUAACAAGUCCCUGAAAGCAGAAGUAGACAUAUGUUAUGCCCAAUUUAGUACCUAAUAAUUGAGGCUUAAAACAAAAUUUUCUUGGGCAAGUUGGGUGAUUAAAUAUGAAUUAAAACUUCCAGAGAAAGAUUUCCAGAUGCCCCUGUUUUCCAUUUUGAUUAUGGUUUUAGUUUCAUAGCAACUUGGGGAAAAAAUUCGCUUACUUCAUAUACUAUUACAAGCAACAACUUUGACAGCUUAAACUUAGUGACCUCUCUGAAGGUAAUAUGCACAUUAUAAUUUAGGAUAAAAGCAGAUUUAAACUAAGACUUUCUGAGAUGAAAUAAAAGUAAGCGAUUCAUAACAGUCAUGUUUAUGACUGCAGCAAUAUCUUGGGAGCUUAAGUUUAGUGGCACUUGAGGUACUUCUAAGCAUCUUACUUGUACAUUUCACCCUGCUCUGCAGAGACGGAAUGUGAUUGAAUGAACUGCCCAUUAUAUUAAUGACCAGUUCAAAGCAGUUUUGUGCUUUGGCUAUAGAUAAAAUUUGGCAAAAACACUGUAGGUCUUUCUGAUCCAGAUUUAUUCUUAAGGUAUUUUCGCCAAUCAAUAAAAAUGAAUUAUUUACCCAGAAAUCGAAACAGCUCUUUAUUAUCCUAUGACAUUGACAUAGAAGCCCAAGUACUCCUUGAUUGAAAUCCUGCAUGUUUUUGUGUUUAACUGAAUUAAUAAUUUUUUUAAUUGUGCUCUUGAUUGCAUUAUUUCACAUAUGUAACAGUGGGUUUGUUUUGGUUAUAUAGUAUUAUUUUACUUUAUUCUAAUUUCAACUGUCACUCUGUAGCUCAUUAAGAAUUUGUUCAACUGAUAAUUAAACCAUCUGUGUUAAAGCAAUAAAAAUGAAAAGAUUGGCUAUGCA